GGAAGAUGGCGUGGAUGUUGAUAAUUUGAGCAACCAGUUUCUGCACGUUUUUGGGUGACAGACUCGAUGCCCGGUACAUGUCUACAAACAUUAGUCUUGUGUGAACAACAUUGACUGGACUUCAUAGGCCAGCAUUUGAAUAUAUUCCCCUAGUAGCCCUUGGUCCAGCAGUCAGGCUGUGACUGGCUUCAUGGCCUACAGGCAACGUGGCGUACCAUACAGUGCUAGCAUAGAUAGUGACUCCGAUUCCUUGGAUAGUGACCGAGGAUAUAAUUCACAUUGUUCCCAUUCCUGCGUAUGUGCCAACAUGGCUGACAAAUCCAGCAAUACAUCACCGACCCACUCAUGCAUGAAGCCAGUGUGUGACAGUAAGACCUUGGCUGGAGGACACCCCAGCAAUGCGCCUCGCAACCGAGCGCGCUCAGUCAACGAUAUCGACAAAGGUGGCACACGCAACCACCACGGCCUUUUUGGGCAGAAACUUCCUGACAGAGUUACGCUAAUUGUGGAUCAUACUAGAUUCGUUGUGGACCCGUCAUUGUUUACAGCACACCCUAACACUAUGCUGGGAAGAAUGUUUGGUAAUGGGAUUGACAACAACUUCACGAGACCCAAUGAGAAAGGAGAGUAUGGAGUCGCACACGGCAUAUCGUCUGAACUGUUUAGCGCCAUCUUGGAGUUCUACAAGGGUCGGGCAAUGCGAUGUCCCCCUAGUGUGUCAGUAGCUGACCUAAGAGAGGCCUGUGAUUAUCUCCUUGUACCCUUUAAUGAAAGUACAGUCAGAUGUAAAAACCUUAGAUGUUUGUUGCAUGAGAUUUCAAAUGACGGCGCCAGGGAAGAAUUUGAGAAGUAUCUCGACACCCUCAUCUUACCAGAGAUGGUCUCAUGUGCUAAGCAUGGUCAGAGAGAGUGUCACAUUGUCGUUUUGAUGGAGGAUGACGUCGUGGAAUGGGAUGAAGAAUAUCCUCCUCAGAUGGGAGAGGAAUACUCACAAAUUGUAUCCAGCACUCCAUUAUAUAGGUUUUUCAAGUACAUCGAGAAUAGAGACGUAGCUAAGACGGUGCUGAAGGAGAGAGGCCUCAAGAAGAUCCGUCUCGGAAUAGAAGGCUACCCUACUUAUAAAGAGAAGAUUAAGCAACGACCUGGAGGCAAACCAGAAGUUAUCUACAAUUACGUUCAACGUCCCUUUGUGCGCAUGUCCUGGGAGAAAGAAGAGAACAAGAGCAGGCAUGUGGAUUUCCAGUGUGUCCGAAGUCGUUCCAUUCCAAACCUGUCGAGUCUAGCCGGGGAGGUGCCUCUGGAUCGAGACCUCCGGCAACCCGCUCUUCACGCAGAGGGUGCAGCGAUGCUACAACAGGUGGCGGAUCAACCUGAUGGGGACAACGAUGGCAAUAACUAGGUGGUCCCCAAUUAGGCGCUGGGUAUGUUCCUAGCCCUGUAAAGUACAUGAGGGUAGUUUGUUAGGAUAAAGCAUGCCCGACCCAAGGUUGUGCUGAGGGUUAUAAUGUGUAACACCGGUCCUGACUUGACCACUACGAGCAAGUUUGAGUGCGCGCAUUUAGUCAACUACUGACCAGAAAAGUACAUGCGCAGUGACGCUCUCAUUCGAAUGACUCGUUUUGGAAUCCUAGUCAGCCAUCGGUAUCAUAUUCAACUCUUCUUUGCCUUCUGCUUUUUUGCUUUAGUGUCACUGGUUCACCUGUGCGCUUUACACAUGUAAGCAUGGAACAUGCUAUCGGGACCAGUGAAGAAACCAUGGUCAUGAGGCUGG